GGAGUUGUACGAUCUGGCCACACUGGCGAGCAGAUGUUUCCGGAUGGCCUUUGAACAGGCGUAAAUUGAACUCAAAUUGGCUUUAAUCCCCGCAUAACCCGUGCAAGUGCAAUGAAAUCGUGGACCGCCAGGAGAAGGGGGCACUGAAGGUCGAGGCAACGAAGGAACCGCCGGAUAGCGACAGCAUAUAGCCGGAAACCGGAGGAGCGAACGCCAACCCGAGCCACCCUGUGCCGGAGUUUGUGACGCAGUUACACAACAAAAUUCUCAGUAGGCGCCCAAAAAAAGGGGCUAAAACAAGCUGCUAGCUGAAUCAACGUGGUUGCAUACACACACCCACUGCACUGUGGAGCUCUAAGCCCGCCUAAACCCCCGAUUUUAGAACCCCUCGCGAAGCUCAGGGACACUGCGCGCGCGGCUUUCACUUUUCAGAAUCGUCGGCGGGUUCAUUAGUCAACCUUCGCAAUGGUCGUCGCCGCAUCCACCUGUUGCACGGAGACGGUCUUCGAAUACAGCUGGAAGAACGUGGUGGUGGCCUACUGGAAUCGCUACCCAAAUCCCUCCAGCGCCCACGUCCUCACCGAGGACACCAUCCAGCGGGAGGUGCGCGACGGCAAGCUCUUCUCCCGCCGCCUGCUCUCCAAGACGAAUCCGGUGCCCAAGUGGGGAGCCCGAUUCUACAACAAUGUGCCGGUCAAGAUUGUUGAGGACUCCGUGCUGGAUCCGGUUAAGAAGACCUUCACCACAUUCACCCGGAACCUGGGCAUGACCAAGAUUAUGGCAAUCGAUGAAAUCGUCAUCUACAGCGAGCAGAAGGAUGGAAGCACCCUGGCCGUGCGAAGAGCCUACAUCAGCUCGCAGGUGUUUGGAUUCUCGCGAGCCAUUCGCGCUUUCGGAAUCGAGCGGUUCAAGUCCAAUGGCAACAAGGCCUCCAACGGAUUUAACCACGUGCUGCGGCGCAUGUUUCCGCAAAGCCUGGUGGGUGGCGGACACCACCAGCCAGUGACGGCGACCACCUCAGUUGGGGAACUUCCAGUGGCCACAGUGCCCACCGCCACCACCUCAUCCGGCAAUCACAACAACACGGGAUCGCUGAAGAGCGCCGCCAAAGUGGGCUACGAUUUCUUCAAGUGCCACGCCUCAAAGAUUGCGCAACUGUUUUCUAUUAAGAACUGAGGGACGAGGUGCUAGCCGGAACUCUCUGGAAUAGAUGUUGAGGAAUCGAGGAAUCCAAGCCUUCGGCGCCGGAGCGAAGGAUGUGGCCAGGACGGAAGUGGAGGCAAAGGCGUCGGGUCGGAGGCUGUUUUAUAACAUGUAUUCCAAAGCAAAAACCAACCAUAUACUUUGCUGCAUUUCAUUCCGUGUGUGCGCGAGCCAGCCGGCUGAUCAGAACGGAGGCACUAUUUGCUAAACACAUUUCCUGCAUCCUACCCAAAUUCUACUAUUUAUCUUUAGUCGUUGCAUUACAUUAUUAUGUACUAUGUUCUGUUAGGUCGGGAAAAAAUAACAAAAGCAGCGUGUCAAAUUUGGGACUUCUUUGUAAACUGUUGUAUAUUUAUUUUCAAGAAAAUCGCUCACGAGUAGUUUUAAAAAUUGUAAUUAUUAAAAUACAUUUAGUUUGGUUAGAAAUGCGGGGCA